AUGUCCACAAAAGACAGAGAUCUAAGUCCAGUGACUGAUACGUUGUGGAAGAGUUUCUAUGAGAAGGAGUUCAGAAUCGAAUGCACCAAUUCGGUUUCCGAGAUAAUGAAGGAGUGGAAUCUCAAGUUCAAGUGGUCGGAGUUGUACCGGGAGAAAUCAAAGAGAGUGAAAAAGGAUGAGAAGAAAGAAGAUGACAGGAAACUAAGCCGGCAAAUUAAUAGCCCAGAACGGCCUUCAAGGCUUCAAGCAUUCAAGCAUUCAACAAACAACCCACACGGCCACACCGCUUCAACCUUCAAGCUUUCCAAUCAGAUCAUAUCCAUCCCCGUCGUGAAGAAGCAACGCACAGAGAAAGACGCCGCGAAGAAGCAACGUACAGAGUCAGAGACGCAAAGAGAGAACUGA